AUGCGUAUUAUGGCUCCUGUGUCUUUUGAACAAAAAGCAAUGGCGACAACAAUGGCUACGGCUACAGCGACCAUGGAGUCGUCUCAGACCCUCAUUCAAACGGAGUCGAGGAUCCAGAGAAGCUACCAGGAGGUCCAAGUCUCGGAGCAGAGACAGGUCAAGAAGAAGAGCAAAUCAAGACGGCAUAAGGACGAAGGCGCUAUAUCUGUGUCUAAAAGUUCGGAGAAGUUGUAUAAGAAGAUGAAGGCAGCAUCGGAGGCCGACUCAAACCCUCAGUGCCAGAAGUGCUCCAGGCCGGUGUACGCGAUGGAGCGUAUCAAAGCCGAGAAGAGAAUCUGGCACAAGGAAUGUUUCCGAUGUGUCCAGUGCAAUAAACAACUCACAAUGGAGACAUACCAGAGUGACCACACCACUUUGUACUGCAAGCCACACUUUAAGCAACUAUUUGAGCCCAAGCCGGUAGAUGGGGAUGAUGAGACAGAUGCUACUCCCAAAAAGCAUCAGAUGAUUAUCUGCGAGAGCAACCCGAUAGAGUUACCGCCAGAUGUCGUUAGAGCCUCAGACAAACCAGACCUGGGCCUGGAGGAGCUGUCGCAGCUGGACGUGAAGUCCCGCUUCGAGGUGUUCGAGCGCGCCAGCAGCACUCCCGACGAGCCCCCCCUCCCGCUGGAGCCGCGCGCGCCCAGGGAGAAGAGCGCCGCUCUACUGUCCAAGCUUGCCAAGUUCAAAGCGAAGGGCAUGGACGUUGGCGUAUCAGACGAGUACCUGAAUGGAGUGCCCAUUGAGGAGAGCGCCAGCGAGCCAGAAGAUGAAGACGACGAGGACUCAGUUCUGAGGAAGUCAUACAAGCACACAACUAACCGCGAACAGCCCGUCUCGUUCUGCAACAUGAGCGAGAUAGUGGGCAAGUUCGAGACAGGCCAGCACUCCUCAUCGGAGCGACACCGCGAGAGGAAGCAGGAGAUACAGAACAUACGCAGCAGGUUGUUCAUGGGCAAGCAAGCUAAAAUAAAGGAGAUGUAUGAACAAUCAGUGCUGCAGAGCGAACAAGGCGUGACGUCAUCGGACAAGAUCGCCCGCGACCUGGAGCUGAGCGCGGAGAAGUCGCGCGCCAUCAAGGAGCGCUUCGAGAACGGGGAACUGUUCAACGACGAGAACCUGCCGCCCAGGAACAGGGAGAUCGACGACAGGGCACUCUUCAACGAAGGUAUAGGCAAGAAGUCUCGUUCGAUAUUCCUGGAGCUGGACGCGAACGCUAAGACCAUGCCUCCCACCUCCCCUCCACCACAGGACGUGCCUAAGCGAAAGGAGAUUCCGUUCAUCCCCAAGGACGUGGUCCGCGCCGCCGACAAGCUGGAGGACGUAAAGAUCGAGACGUCUGACAUCUCAGACCGGUUCAAGUUCUUCGAGACGUACAAGCCGGAGACCAAACGCAAGGAGUUCCGCAUGACGCCGCCCAGGCAGACACAGCGCGCCAAGUCUCCGUCCCCGGAGCUGUACCACGAGCCCAGCGUGGUGCGAGCGGGCGAGGAGGGGGGAGGCGACACGGCCGUGGCCGCCGCUAGACACACCGCACAGCGCAUGAUCAACGUCUUCCGCCAGCUCGAGCACCAGCAGCACCACGCCGAAGAGCCGCAAGGUCCUAAACCUCUGAAGAGGUUCACUCCGCCUCCUCCGGGCGAGAACAAUCAUCAGGGUGACACAUCAUCCGAGGAGUACUCGUCUGAGGAAUACGAAGAGGACAGCGAGGAUGAACGGCGCCGGGUGUACUUCGAAGCGAGGGAGAGGGACGAAGCGCUCAAACAGGCACAACAACUCGCCCGCACCAAGAGUUUCCGCGACCGCUUCGAGCACUGGUCAGAGUCGGAGCAAGCGCGCUCAGAGCCCCGCCCCCCUCCAUCUCUCCCCACGGACAGGACGCAGGAACCGGACGACGACGGAGAGUCACAGCUAGAGACUGCCAGAAGCUUACGUGAAAAGUUCGAAAGCAUGAACGUUCAAACAUCUGCCGUGACCAAAAGCUUCGCGCCCAAAGUUAAUAGAUUUGUGUGA